AUGCCAGAGAGAAACCCUACAAGUGUGAAGAAUGUGGUAAAGGCUUUACUCAGUCCUCACACCUUACUAAACACAAGAGAAUUCAUACUGGAGAGAAACCCUACAUAUGUGAAGAAUGUGGUAAAGCUUUUAACCACCACCACGCCCGGCACCAGUCCUCAACUCUUAAUUUACAUAAGAGAAUUCAUUCUGGACAAAAAUGUUACAAAUGUGAAGAAUGUGGUAAAGCCUUUAAGUGAUCCUCAUCCGUUAAUGAACAUAAGAGAAUUCAUGCUGGAGAGAAACCCUUCUCAUGCGAAGAAUGUGGCAGUGUCUUUACUACAUCCUCAGACUUUGCUAAACAUAAGAGAAUUCAUACAGGAGAGAAACCCUACAAAUGUGAAGAACGUGGCAAAUCCUUUAAUAGGUCCACAACCCUUAUGACACUUAAGAGAAUCCAUACUGGAGAGAAAUCCUACACAUGUGGAGAAUGUGGUAAAGCCUUUAAUUGGUCCUCAACCCUUAAUGUACACAAGAGAAUUCACUCUGGAAAAAAUCCCUACAAAUGUGAAGAUUGUGGCAAAGCCUUUGAAGUGUUUGCAAACCUGUAUAAUCAUAAAAAAGUUCAUACUGGAGAGAAACCCUACGUAUGUACACAAUGUGGCAAAGCCUUUAAAUAGUCCUCACACCUGAAUAAACAUAAGAAAAUUCACACUGUAGAUAAAUCUACAAAUGUAAAGAAUGUGGGAGUACUUUUAAGCAGUACUCCAACCUUCCUCAACAUAAGAGAACUCAUACUGGAGAAAAACUUUAGAAA